CCGGUCAAAGCCGGUUGGCGAUCGUCCAUUGCUAAAUCCGGUGCUUGUGUGAGAGCGUAUGGGAGUGUGUGUAUGAGCGCGCAGUUGUGAGGCCGCAAUCUAUUUAAAUCGGACACAAAUCUUUCUUUUUACGUCAAUCCAAUUUCACAUAAUGCAGCAGCCUUUAACAGACCAGGGCGACUGCACGCCCACAUUCAAAUGUGUGCUUGUUGGUGAUGGUGGGACUGGGAAGACCACAUUUGUGAAGCGGCAUCUCACGGGAGAGUUUGAGAAGAAAUAUGUUGCCACUUUGGGUGUGGAGGUGCAUCCACUCCUGUUCCACACAAACAGAGGACCCAUUCGCUUUAAUGUCUGGGACACCGCAGGCCAGGAAAAGUUUGGAGGGCUUCGUGAUGGCUACUACAUUCAAGGUCAGUGCGCCAUCGUGAUGUUUGACGUGACGUCGCGAGUGACGUACAAGAACGUGCCCAACUGGCAUCGGGAUCUGGUUCGGGUCUGCGAGAACAUCCCCAUCGUCCUGUGUGGCAACAAGGUGGACAUCAAGGACCGCAAGGUCAAGGCAAAGUCCAUCGUCUUCCACCGCAAAAAGAACCUCCAGUACUAUGACAUCAGUGCCAAGAGCAACUACAACUUUGAGAAGCCCUUCCUCUGGCUGGCACGCAAGCUGAUUGGCGACCCGAACCUGGAGUUUGUGGCCAUGCCCGCCCUGGCUCCCCCCGAAGUAACGAUGGACCCAGAGUGGCAGGCCAAGCUGGAGAACGACAUGAAGGAGGCGCAGAACACCUCUUUGCCCGACGAAGACGACGACGACCUCUAACCUGCGCCAUUUUUUUUUUUUUCUUCUCCCGUAUCUGCAUCUCCUAGAAUGCCGGGCCUCGGCACAGAGUUCUUCGGGUUAACUCGUGACUGAGGGGCAUUCGGCGCCGAAGCCAUGCAUGCUAGUGGACAGUUGCCUCGCCUCUCCUUUUCUUUCUUCUGGGCGGUGUCCGUCUGGGGUUCGUCCCCGAUCCCCGAGGCUUUUAUUUUUUUUUCCUGGCCCAUUCCAGAUGUGUACAGUUAAGAGGCAUUGUGUAACUUUUUUUUUUAAUUCGUGGGAGUGUUUGUGCCACUUUACGAAAACGAGUCAACACAAAUUUUGUGCGAAAUGACUGGAGGCUCUGACAACUAAGUUUCAUGGAAAGCUUGCAAGGAUUUUUUCGGAUAUAUAAAAUUGAGCACCAAUCCACAGCUUCCUUCCUUGUUUUUCUCUGUUAGUAUUGGCAUUUACAUGACCUCAUUUUAGAUUUGUGCUGAAUGUGUUGUUCAUUUUGCUGCAAGUGGCUUUUUUUUUUUUCUUUAUGCAAACUUUCAAGGAAGUUAAGAAUAAAAAGGUUGGACUGUA